GUGAAAAAAGCAAUCAGUCCUCGCCGUGUGCAGACGGAGGAAGAAGAGACGGAUAGCCUUCCAAGCGACAUUCAGAUCAGGGAUGCUGUUGGCGUCAGUCUUCCCAUCACAUUGGAAGUCAUACCUGGGUGGGAGAUCUUCCUGGGCUUCAGCGAUGCCCAGAAGUUGAUAAAGGGGAGGAUGACACUCAAUACAGUUUAUCCUCCAGAAGCGCUGAACUUCGUUUCCAAUCCGGAGUUGGUGGUGGAUGUCGAGAACUUUGCCACCGGUGAGAAGCACAUGAUGGGAACAGUAAAUCUUUGGGACAAAAAUAGUCGCAAAGAAAAAAUCAGUGCUAGCAAAGUGUACGUUGGUGACUUUUCACAAUCCCUCUCAGAGUUCGACAUGUCGUGCUACCCGUUCGACUACAAGACUGUGUACUUCCCGAUUUCAAUCCAGCAGCCUGCAGAUGCAGUAUUCCAGCUCCAACUUGUAUGCGCUGGUGGAGGAGGUCAAAAAGUGGUUGAUCACGAUUUCCCAAACAAGACAGCUUGUGAGUGGCCGGCCAUGGGCUCCUAUGUGGGUUUUUCGUGGGAUAAAUUCGAGUGCGUACAGCCAAAAGACUGGCUCGUGGAGUGCAGGAUGAAGGGCAUUAGGCAAUCGAAUUCACUCAUUACUGCCUAUUUGUGGCCCUCGAUCGUGUACAGUUUGAUGGGCUUCCUGGCCUUCGGAUUGGAUGUAAAAAUGGCAAUGCCGCGAAUUGCAAUUACUAUGUUGGCCUUAGUUUCUCUCACGAACUUGCGCAACCAAGUGCUUACCUUGGUGCCAUCUUCCGGCGAUCCGAGUUGGAUGGAGGAAUAUUUCCUGAUUGCCGUGACGUUCAUGUUUCUAAACCUGGUUGGCCACACGACCUCCUUCUACUUGGAAUCUCUUGGCAAGAUCCAAAUGCAGAAGAUGGCCAACAAGGUGAACCUGUGGGGAAUGCUCUCUAUUUUUUGUUUGGUCAUCUCAGCACGGUUGCACGUUCGACAAUGCGAACUUGUCAGCGAAGUUGAAAGUGGAGCUUCUGUCGCCGCAACAUCAAUCGCAGUCGUGGUAGUUUUUGGUUUCUUAGCGUGGUAUUAUCGCUAUGGAUUCAAAGAGCUGUGUCACAAGAUCAAAGAUCUUCCCGAACAUGGAAUAACCGCUUUAAACCUGGACCGUCAAAGUGAUGGUCCAAUGACGGUGUAA